AUUCAUUUUAAUAGAAGGGACCCAUCUCUUCUAAAUAUUCUCUGGCUUUCUAGUGAAGGAAUGCGGCAAAUAAAAAAAAAAUAAAAAAACCCGGGAACCCAGAUAUUUUUCCCCUGAUAUUGCCGUCAGCAGUGUGUUGCUCUUUCAUUGCAUUUUGAAACAGGCAGCACAAACAUUCAGCAGUUGUGGACAGACUCUAGUUGCGCAGGAGGGCGUACCUGUGACGAGGAGAGCUGAUCUCAGGAGGAGACAAUCACUUUCACAGUUGGAGCAGAUUCCGUGUGUCAGUCGUGUCUCUCAUUACUGCCUAUAAAAUAACUCAUUCCGGACUUUUUGGACGAUUUGUGACGAGAAGUACUACAAGUGAAAUCAUUCGAGCAAGUGAGGAGGGACAUCUGCUUUACUUUUAAGUGAAGAAGAGUACAACAGCGGCAUUCCUGCAUUUGUAUGUUCCAGAGGAGAGGGUCACAAAGGAGACAGUGUGAGUGACCUGCUCCUUUGAGGGGGGGUGGGCAGUGGACUUGUGUUACUCACCCCUCCUGACCACACUGCUGAUGCUGAAGAUGAUGACCCACAGUGCAUGGCUGUUUUUCCAGCUAAUGCUGAGUAUUCUGUCCACUCUGUGGGGUUACCCCUUUAGACCCCCACUAGACCUGGAUGUGACCCCCAGAACUACAGUCCUGUCUAAUGGACUGUUGAACUGCAGGCGCUUCAGAGGCUCGACUUUCAACUACAGUUUAUUGCUGUUGGAGGAGGAGGCAGGCGUACUGUACGUAGGAGCGAGAGGAGCUUUAUAUGCCCUGCAGGCUAGUGACAUCUCCAGCAGCUCACUGCAGAACAUUGACUGGGAGGCAUCAAAUGAACAGAAGCAACAUUGCUUGAACAAAGGGAAAGAUAACCAGACGGAGUGCUACAACCACAUUCGAUUCCUUCAGAGGCUCAACAGCACACACUUGUACACUUGUGGCACACAUGCUUUCAACCCUCUGUGUGCAUAUAUUGAUGGGAGGGAGUUUAAGAUCUCGGCCUUCGAGGAGGGUCAAAAGAAAUGUCCAUAUGACCCCAACAAAGGAUACACUGGUCUGCUGAUUGAUCAAGAGAUGUACACAGCAUCUCAGUAUGAGUUUCGGAGCUUUCCAGAUAUCCGCCGCAACUCUCCGAAUCCCACACUGAAAACAGAAGAGGCUCCCACUCAGUGGCUAAAGGAGGCUGAUUUUGUGGGCUCAGCAUUGGUGAAGGAGAGUGUGAGCAGCUCAGUUGGAGAUGAUGAUAAGAUUUACUUCUUUUUCACGGAGAAGAGCCAGGAGCUCAGUCCGUACUUCAGUCACAGCAGAGUAGCACGGGUCGCCCGUGUGUGCAAGAGGGACAGAGGAGGUCUCCUCACCCUACAGAAGAGGUGGACCUCCUUUCUGAAGGCACGGCUGGUGUGUUCUUUACCUGACUAUGAAUUUCACUUCAACGUGUUGCGGAGUGUGUUUUUGCUGGAGGGCGCCAGCUCUGAGGAUUCUGUACUCUACGGCAUCUUUGGAUUGGAAUGGAAAAAUGUAAAAGUUUCUGCUAUCUGCCAGUACUCCAUUUCGGAUAUCCAGUGGGCCUUUGAGGGACCUUACAUGGAAAGCACAGAGGACUCCAACUCUAAAUGGACCCAGUACACAGGGAAGGUUCCGGAACCGCGACCUGGCUCGUGCAUCACAGAUCAACUUAGAGCAAGAGGCAUCAACUCAUCCACCAACCUGCCAGAUGAUGUACUUCACUUUGUCCGUCGCCAUCCACUCAUGUACAGGCAGAUCCUUCCGCAAGGACAACGCCCUCUGCUGUUUAGGAGGAAUGUGGCCUACACUAAAAUUGCAGUACACAGAGUUACUGGUCUAGAUGGUCAGAUAUACCACAUGCUCUUCAUUGGGACAGAUGAAGGUUGGCUCCAACGGGCUGUGAAGGUCAAUGGUCAACUUCACAUCAUUGAGGAACUGCAGUUGUUUGAGGAGCCCCAGCCAGUGGACAGUAUAGUAAUCUCUGAGAAACAAAUGAGUGUGUAUGUGGGUUCGCCCACCUCAGUGGUGCAGCUGCCCUUGUCCACAUGCAACAGAUAUUCCUCCUGCUUCGACUGUGUGAUGGCGCGUGAUCCCUUCUGUGCCUGGGAUGGCCUAGAGUGUGUGGAGAUUACAUCACACAACAGCAGAGCGAAUCUGACACAGGAUAUUUUGAAUGGAAACAAGGGCUGUGAUGAAUCUACAUCAGAUGACCUAAUGUUACACCGUUCUCGCUCUGUGAUGGUGGGCGAUGAUGUGCUGCUUCAGUGUGAGCUCAGCUCCAAUCUGGCCUCCCCUGAGUGGACCCUGGAAGGCAAGAAACUGCAGGGUUAUGGGUUGGACUCCGGCUACCGCAUUGGCACUGACGGUCUUCUGGUCAUUGAGGCACGGCCCUUCCAGAGUGGUGACUACUGCUGCUUCGCCGUAGAGAAUGGAGUCCAUGUUCCUGUGGUGAUUUACAGCUUGACUGUUCGCCAGGAUUUGCCUCCACCUCCUCCUGUAGAGCCAACCCAACUACUCAUGACCACAGGGACCUCCUGGCUUGAUCAAUCUUCUCAAAGUGACUCCCUGGAAGAGUUCGAUCCUACCCCACUGUCUCCUCACUUUGAGUUCCUGUCCCUGAGGAACAUGGAGGCCAUGUAUCUAUCGCUAAUCACAAUCUUAGGAGGACUGUGUCUUGUUCUCACAGUCGUCCUACUUUAUGUUGGAUUCUGUUUGCAAGGGCAGAGGGUUAAGUACUCUUUGCGAUCGUCUGCUCGUGCUGAAAGGAAGAGAGGUGCCCACAUGGAGCUAAAUACCAUCUCCAGCCACUGCAAUGGGAAACAUGAUGCUCAUGAUGGUCUACUGCAGAUCGUCCCUGGAGAAGCACCAACAUCACCCAAUAAAGAGCUUCCUCCUGCCCCACCUCUCCCACCCCCUCCUUUAGAAUCAGAGUAUGUAAAUGGACUCUCUGCCACUCUGCCCAGCGUUUUACGCAAGAUGAAUGGCAACAGUUAUGUGCUACUGAGACAGAUUGAUGGAGACACCACAUCUCCUCUCUAUUACUCAUUCACAGAGGAGCUCAAUAGGAUCCUGGAGAAGAGGAAGCACACUCAGCUGUGUAAUAAACCUGAUGAGAGCUCAGUGUGAACUUUGGGGCACAAUACAAACAUCCUACAUUGUGGAGAUAUGUGUCAAAGGACAGCUUUAUUAUCUACUAGCCCUGCGUCACCAAGACUGACUUUAAUGGGAUGUUAAUAAUUGGCCAAAGGUCCUUUAUUUGGAAGAUACACAAGCAUUGCUUCUUGGUUUACGUGUCAAAUGUAAAGCUUUUGACUUCUAACAGACUGAGGAGUGCCCACUGCUCACAAAAUAGCAAAGAAGGCAACAUUUACAAUGGAAAUUCUACCUCAUCAGGAUAUCGCACAAGUCCCAGCUCAUUUCAGUAUACUUGCAUUAAAAUAUGGGUUGUAAUGAGGUGAAAUUCCAGGGUCACACUGCAGAGAAUCUUAAAAGCAAAAGAGUCUUAGUACUGGGUGAAUCAAGCUAAUGAUUCAAUAACAAACUCGUAAAAUUGGUUCAAAGAACUUUAAAAGACUUUUAUAAGGAUGCAAAAGGAUAUUGCAAAAGUGGCAACAUAAACUCUUCAUAUAUCCAGAUGUAAAAAUCAUACCUGGACAGAGCGAGCUACUUUAAAACUCUAGUGCUUAGGUGCACUGAAUGUCUUUGUUUUAAUAUUUUUUUAUUUUAUUUAUGCCAACACUGACCAUAUCAGUAACAGCUUGUAAUAAUAAUAAAAAUUAAAAACAGCAGGGUUAACAGACUUUUAAAAAUUAGAAAUGCACAUGAUGGUACUAAUAGAAUGAAUACGGCUUUUAUUAAUAGUUUUACAGGGGUGAGAAACUUGGAAGAUGACAGUAUUAACCACUGAGAUGCACUUUAUGGACUGAUAGCAUUUGUUUCCGUGAGGUGCUGCUUAUUCUGACAGAUCUAGAGAGGACGAAAUGGAUUACAAUUACAGUCAUGUUUGCAAAGGAUGUGAAUUGUUGAAAGAGCAACAAUAUGAUAAAACUGUAUUGUAUUUUGAAUUAUAAAUGCUGCGAAGGGAAGACGAUGUGGACGUACAAUAUAUUUUUAUAACCCUCGGAAAUGGACCACUAAUUACGCUUAAGUCUGGAUUUGUCUGUUCCAGUGAUUCAAACUGGUUGUAUUUCCCUUGCAGUAUGAUAAACAAGGCAACGUUUACAGGAACUGACAUGAUUCUUUGUGGGACUUCAUCAAAAUUCCAGAGUCAUUGGCUGCCUAGUUUCCAUGGCAACCACAGAGACUAGGUAAAUCUGAUGCUGACCUUCUUAGAUUAUCCUUUUGACAUGACCAAUUAUUACACCACCUUUUACAGUCAGGUGUUAUAUUCUUAAUAGGGAUUAGUGAAUUUGCAUAAAACGGUGAAAAAUUGGGCUUCUAGUGCCAGUAAAUAAACUCAGUACAAUACUAGUUGGGGCAUAAUGAACAAUGGGAAUUGUGAUAUUGUGGUUUAAUUAUCCUUUCACUUCCAGUAAAUCUUUUAAAUUGUAGCCUAAAUGUUCGUGCUGGAAGUGCUCCAGCUUUAGACUUCCCACACUUGCGUGCAAGAGCAUUUUGGCGUAUCUCCCACUACUUAAGGGGAGUAAAGCACCUGGUUCUGUCUGUUUAGAUCAGAAAAUGCAGAUUGCAUUGAAGCCGAGUGGAGAACAUUAAGGCCACAUGUUCAGAGAGUAGCUAAGAUGAGCACUGCUGAUAGUCUUUCUCUUUUCCCCCUACUUUUUGUGUUCAUAAUCAUUGUCUCUGUCUUUUUGAAUGAUUUUGUCUUGUUUAUUAGGCCUGGACUAAACAUGUCUCUCUUCUCACUUUCAAAAUGUGAAGGUGAAAGUGGAGAUUUAUGGUAAAAAAGGACUUAAACAUUGAUCUGUUUGUCACCCACACCUAUCAUAUCGCUUCUAAAGAUAUAGAUUUAACCAUAUGGAUUACUUUUAUGCUGUCUUUAUGUACUUUUUGGAGCUUCAAAGUUCUGGCCACCAUUCACUUGCAUUGUAUGGAACUACAGAGCUGAAAUAUUCUUCUAAAAAUCUUUGUUUGUGUUCAGCAGAAGAAAGAAAGUCAUUCACAUCUGGGAUGGCAUGAGGGUGAGUAAAUGAUGAGAGAAUUUUUAGGGUGAACUAUCUCUUUUUAAUGUGAAGCAUCCAAAUGUGACAUGCCAUUUUUAAAUUCCUUUUGAAUAAGGGGCAAGAUAAUAAGGGAAUAAUUACUUUAAUUUUGGUCUGUUCCUUGUUUUUGGGGUGUUUUUUCCUUUUUUUUGCAGACUGACAAAUAUGGUCACUAUGAACAUUUGUUGUAUGGAAAGAGCUGCUGAAGAUUAAAAGCAAUGUUUUUGUAUUACACAGAAAAAAGGACAGCAUAUGGGUUUGGAUCAAAAGUGUGAGUAAAUUAUGACAGAACUGUAAUUUUUUGGGGGACUAUUCCUUUAAAAACUGUUCAUGAUGUUUCCUGCCAUUCAUCUUUCGUUUUUAUUUUAUAUUUCUGUUUGACAUAUAGCUUCAUGUCUGUGCAUAUACCUCCAUCAUAGUCUCUAAUGAGAGCAGAAUAGAUUUGUGACUUUCGUUCACAAAUGUAAAGGUGCUCUUUUAAGAGUGCGGAGAUUUAAGUGGAGGUGCCUGUACUACAGCACCCCCCCCGUGCACGUAUGUUGGUAUGUGCACGUCACUGAUCUGCAUACACAUCUGAUCUCCACUCUCCUGCUGGGUCACAAGCUGUGAUUAGAUGCUUGUCGACAUGCAGCUCAUACGUUCUGUGCCCGCAAUGUUUACAUCCCAUGAGUCUUAUAUAUUCCUGUGAGAGAGGCACUUGUGUGAAUUCUUCAACAUGCCAGUACAGGUUUGUGUAUGAGAUAUAUCUCAACUGUGGCCAUUGAAAGCCAUUUUGAAGUGCGCUACAGAGAAAGAGAUUGACAGAGAAGGGGGGAAAUGAUCAGAAGAGAGCCUGGAGAAUGCAUGGAAAUAGUUUGGGAAACAGUAAUAAAUCCUUUUCAGUCUCAUUUAGGGCAACUGCACAGAGCGCUCAGCAAAUAAGAAUCAGGAUAAAAAAAUAGCUGACACACCAGAUUAUGCUCAUAUAGGCUUAUUUGUUAACUUAUUCUAAAUUAUAAUGUGACAUUACAGUAUAUUCCCUCUAUAGAUAUUUUUAAGACCCCAUGAAAUCAACAUUAGAGUUUGUGGCUUUAGACCAUGUUUGUUAGCUUUGAGACAAUCUAUGUGCUAUUGUACUCCUAAAAGUUGACAAAAUUCACUUUUAGAAUUAAAAUUUACAUUCUCUUCCAGGAAAAUAGACCAUAAAUAUUGAUGACUCAUCUUGCACUACAUAGAUUUUUGUCCAAUCAAAUGAUUUCUAGAAUGGGAAUGUCCCUCCCCCUAAAAUCAGCUCCAAGCAACUAUUUUGUCAAAUAGCAAUCAUGAUUCAUGGCUGUGACGUAACUAAAGCCUAUUGGCUAUUUUUUUUUAAAUGUCCCACCCAAACGUCUUGUUUAAUAAGAAAUGUUACAGGAAAGAAACAUAGUGACUAUUUGAACUAGGUGUAAACAGCACCUGCAACACAGCUCGGCAAUGUGCACUCCAAUAUUCUGAGAAAGGUUUGAUCCAGGUAUAAUUAACCAUGGUUUUACUUUAGUAAUAUUGUAGUGCCCAUAUUUAAAUACAGUUAACCAUGGUAUUACUACAGUAUAUGGUGUUAAUAUAGUAAUCAUGUUUAAUUUUGUGGUUAUUAUGAUUUUACUACAAAAUACCAUGGUGAUACUAUGGUAACUGUAGUAAAACCAUGGUUAAUUUUUGUAAGGUAAGGUUAGGGUAAGGUUUAGGGGUAGGGGUUGGUGUAGGGUGUCUGUGGGAAUCUAAAUAAACACAUUAAACAUGCUGCUGUGUUGCCAAUAUACUGUAUGUAAGUAUUUAAUUAGGUGUGCAAAUAGUAUCUGCCACUUUAAUUUUGUAGUUUCUAUGAUUUUACUACAAAAUACCAUGACGAUACUAUGGUUAUUGUAGUAAAACCAUGCUUAAUUUUUGUAAGUGAAAUUUAGGGUUAGGUUUAGGGGUAGGGGUUGGUGUAGGUGUCUGAGGGACUCUUAAUAAACACAAUAAACACACUGCAGUGAUGCCACUAUACUGUAUGUAAUUAUUUAAUUAGGGGUGCAAAUAGUAUCUGCCACCCAUGCAAAUAGAAUCUAACACUAUUUGCACUUAGUGCAAAGAAGAUGCCUUUUGUUGCUAUUUACACUUAGUGUAAAUAUCAUCUGUCUCUAUUUGCACUUAGUGUAAAUAUCAUCUGUCUCUAUUUGCACUUAGUGUAAAUAUCAUCUGUCUCUAUUUGCACUUAGUGUAAAUAUCAUCUGUCUCUAUUUGCACUUAGUGUAAAUAUCAUCUGUCUCUAUUUGCACUUACUGUAAAUAUCAUCUGUCUCUAUUUGUACUUAGUGUAAAUAUCAUCUAGCUCUAUUUACACUUAGUGUAAUUAUCAUCUAUCUCUGUUUACACUUAGUGCAAAUAGCCUCUGGCAGAAAGAAAACUGCGCUCGUCAAGUCAUUUCAAAGGGUCUUUAGAAAAACAAUCAUACAGCCUAUGUCAAGAGAGCAGGGCCAGCUGCUGUUUGAUGAAUAGUGAAAAAUAUGACAUGUUUAGCACAUUUCAGUCCUUUGCUAUAGUCUCUAGAGCAUUAUGUAUAAAUGCUGCACCAGCAUUUAGUUUAGAAUUCACCACUGAGGUAUAUGGGAAAUUUGUUAUAGAUUGAUUGUGUUUUAUUGGUUUGUUAUUGUACUAUUACUUCAAGCCAUUUUCAAUAUGAGCUUCUUUAUGAAUGAUUAAAGAGGUCUGCACCCUGUAUUGUUCACCAGAAAAUACUUUUGAUUGGCUGUGAUAUCAGUUUUACUAGUAACUUGGUCCCUUCAGUCAUGCAUACCUUAUUCCAACAUACAUGUGAUAAAAGUGUCUGUGGAAAUAAUAGUUUUAAAGCUCUGUAGAGUUUUAUGUAUAAUUAUUUUAUUUUAUGUUUCAAACUGGGAUUUCUUUUUUCUAAUUCGUGGUUGGUCAAUGUUGCAUGGCUAUGCAUUUAUGCAAAAAUGGCCUACACUUUAGGGGAAAAGUUUUGUAUCAAUUUAUACAACAUUUUAAACAAUGUGAACCCUAGCUUGUGUACAGUACUUCCUAUUUCCCUUCUAGUAUUCAGAAAAUAUUGUUAAAUCUCCUGCCGAGCAGACUAUGUCUCAGAGUCACUUCAGUACACAGUUGUGUGCCUCCUCAGUCGUGGGUAGGAUUGUGUGGGCUGCCUCUAAAACUGCAUUUAAUGAAGCUGGUUAGACUUAUGCCUGUCACCACGGUGAAAAAGGCUUAUUAUCAAUUCACUCUAUGUUUAAUUCUCUACUGCUCUCUCAAUGUGAAAAACAUUUUCUUGCCCUAUACGUGUUCAGACAGUCAAAGCCCAAGACAAACAUUUAUAUCUUUGUUUAUUCAAGGAUAAGGUGUUAUGUUUUGUGUUUAAUUAACACAGUAAUACUACAGGGACAUGCUGGCAGGAGAGGAGGCUGAGAAGUGUGAAUCCAUUGCUUCCAAUUAUGUACAAUCCAGAACCUUUAAGUCUGACUUUUGAUUUGUUUACAUUUUACCCUGAGCAUUUUAAUAAACAGUGUUGAAGCUUC